AUGCCGAUGGAAUUUUUGGAACGGUUACCAGUCCCGAGUCUUCGAGUGUAUGCCGCCAUAAGCGUCACCAUACUUUCCUGUUCUAUAUACUAUGCCACCCAAAUAAUCAAGGAUCCUGCUUGGAGAACAAAUCAUACACAUGUUGAUGAUGGAGUCCAUUCUGAAAGCGACAUCGAUCCGACUGAUCCGAGAAGUCUUGGUACUCACCUUAAAGAACUCUUGGAAUGUAUGGUAAUGGAACCUGUCUGCGUUUGGACUUUAGUCAACAUGGCUUACUGCAUGUUGAUUCUUCUUGGCAAAACUAUCCAAAAACUUGUAUUUGGUGAAUUACGUGCCUCAGAGAAUCAUCAUUUGAAAGACAAGUUCUGGAAUUUCCUUUUCUACAAGUUUAUCUUUGUUUUUGGAGUUUUGAAUGUACAAUACAUGGACGAAGUUAUACUCUGGUGGGCAUGGUUUAUGGCGCUUGGCUUCCUGAGUCUUCUUAGCCAACUUUGCAAAGAUCGAUUUGAAUAUCUAUCCUUUUCACCCACCACGCCAGGAUGGAGUCACGCUCGACUUCUCGUAUUGUUGGCGGCAAUUCUUGUGCUAUCUUCCUUCAUGCUUUUAUUCAGCAUCGCUGCAGUUUUCUUUUUCAUAUCUUUCAAUACUUUUGCUUUUAUGGCAGCUGAGUAUAUUCUACUUGGAGUCCGUACGAUUCACGUGAUGUUACGCUACUUGAUUCAUCUGUAUGAUACUCGUGGCGCCGGCACUUCGGCACAACGCUCUUGGGAUAAACGUGGUCCAUUGACUUACUAUACAGAUUUGAUUGCGGAAUUAAUUGGGCUGGCAGUCGACUUUUGUCAUCAUGUUCACAUGCUUUUGUGGAGUAACAUCUUUUUGAGCAUGGCAUCGCUAGUAAUAUGUAUGCAAUUGAGAUACCUGUUCUAUGAAAUACAACGGAGAAUUACAAAACAUAGAAACUAUUUGGCUGUACUAAAUCAUAUGGAGCAGACUUAUCCAAUGGCUUCGCAAGAUGAAUUAGUCGAGAACUCUGAUAACUGCGCCAUAUGUUGGGAGAAGAUGGAAAACGCUCGUAAAUUACCCUGUGCGCACUUGUUUCACAACUCGUGCUUACAAUCUUGGUUAGAACAGGACACAUCAUGUCCCACUUGUCGAUUGGCUUUGAGUAUGCAAGCGAAUCAUAGAGAGAACAUUCUAGAGAUACCACCUGAGCCACAGACUCCUACGAGAAGAAAUAGCAAUUAUUAUUUCCUCUUUCUCGAUGCAUCGAGAUACGUAUCUUGGUUGCCUACUUUUUCUGUCGAGGUCUCGCACAAUAGAGUACGUGGUAACAUAUCUACAUUUGCACAUACUAAUUCCCAGAUGGACGCAAUGGCGAGACAGGUACUACUACUUUUUCCCCAUUAUCCUCAUAAUAUAAUCCUAGAAGACCUUAGAAUGACUCGAUCGGUUGAAUGGACAAUUGAAAAUAUACUCGAUGGGAUAUUAACUUUACCACACCAUGUAAUCGAAGAACCGCAUGAAGAAUCCGUCCCACAAAUGGAAACGAUCGUGACAGACAUUACGCCCAGCUCUUCGAUCCAAAAUUCAUCGGAUCCUAGAUUCGAUAUUCCUUUUGCCGAUAGUGGAGAAGAACCUUCAAGUCUUGGUGGUCGUUUCUCGAAAUCAUCUGCCGAGAGAGAACUUAUACUUCAACGACGAAAAGAGCAUAUGCGAUUAACAGCACGGAGAAGGUAUUUGGAAAAACAUCGGAAAUCCGAGAUUGAUUCGACAAAUACACAGAUAACGAAUAUUGAAAAUACUGAAGAUACUAUUUCGUAGAUAUAAGCAGAAAUCGAUUAAUAUGAUUUUGAAUUCAAAUUAUUCAACACACACACACACACACACACACACACACACACACACACACACACACACACACACACACACACACAAGAGCUUCGUAGUUGAUACAAAAUUGACAAGUUGUACAUUUUAUUUUUCCUUUUUUUUUUGUUGAGACAAGAUUGUGGAACAUACA